AUGUUUGCCUUUCCAUCAGUGUACACCAAAUGCCACAGCAAAGAGCUCUCAGCACUGUUGCAAUUCAAGGAAAGCUUUAUUAUUAGCAGAUAUGCUUCCAAAUUCCCUUUUGCUAAUCCCAAGGUCGAGUCUUGGAAGCUCCAAGGAAAUGGUAGUGAUUGCUGCUCAUGGGACGGUGUCGAGUGUGAUGAGGAUACUGGUCAUGUGAUUGGCCUUAACCUCAAUGCUAGCUGUCUCUACGGUUCGAUAGACUCCAACAGUAGUCUCUUCCACCUAAUACAUCUUCAAAAGCUCAACCUCGCCAACAAUGACUUCAAUGGUUCUCAGAUACCUUCUGCGUUAGGUAAUCUUUCUGAGCUAACAACUCUCGACCUCUCAAACUCCUUAUUUUUUGGCAAUAUUCCAUCAGAAAUUUCCAAGCUGUCCAGAUUAACUCACCUUGCCCUGUUUUCCAGCUAUAAACCAUUUUCUGAAAGGUUUUUGAAACUUAAAAUGCCUGACCUGAGAAGCCUAGUGCAAAACUUAACCAACCUAGAAUUUCUCGGGCUUGUUUCUGUGGAUAUGUCAUUCCCGAUACCUAAUGUAAUUGCAAAUCUCUCCUCAUUGAAAGCUCUCACUCUCGUUAAUGGUGGACUGCUUGGAAAAUUCCCAGAGACAAUCUUUCAGCUUCCAAACCUUCAGUCCCUUCAGGUGCCGUACAAUCCAGAUCUCACCGGUCACUUACCUGCCUCUAUAGGAAACCUCCAUUCCUUGGAAGCUUUGACCAUCCAUUCUUGCAACUUCUCAGGAGCGAUCCCAUUUUCACUUGGCAAUCUAAGCAGGCUUACAAUGUUGGUCCUUGGAAAUAACUCUUUCAGGGGCCAAAUACCUUCUACGUUUGCAAACCUCACCCAGUUGACUCAACUGUCACUUGACUUGAACAAAUUGAGUGUUGGAACCUUGUCUUGGCUUGAUAGGCUAACCAAACUCCAAUAUUUAGGUCUAGAAGAAACCAAUUUGCAUGGUGACAUCCCAUCCUCUUUAGGCAAGUUGACUCAACUUUUGUAUCUAAACUUGGCUAAUAAUUCUCUUACUGGCCUUGAUCAACCAACAGCUGUUCUUCCAUGGUCUCAGUUGCGUGUUUUAGACCUCAGUUCAAACAUGCUCCAAGGCUCACUUCUAGUUCCUCCAUUCUCUACCAUUCAUUACUCAGUCUCAAACAAUUCAUUGGCUGGGAAUAUCCCACCAUCAAUUUGCAAAGUUGAUGAUGAGGACCAUUUAAAAUACAUGCAGGCAGACACAAGUGUCAACAUAAACGGUCAGUGGAUACCACAUUAUUUUGCGUAUUCUAUGACUUUGAUAAACAAAGGUUUGGAGAUGGAUUAUGAAAAGAUCUUAGAGAUUUUGAUAUUCAUCGAUCUAUCAUGCAACAAAUUCGAAGGAGAGAUACCAGAGUUCAUUGGGAAUCUAAAGGGGCUUCGUUUGCUCAACCUUUCCAACAACAUUCUCUCUGGUUUCAUUCCACCAUCCAUUGGAAAUCUAGCAAAGCUUGAAGCAUUGGACUUGUCUCAAAACAGGCUUUCUGGGAAGAUCCCACAACAACUUGUGCAGCUCACUUUCCUCGAGUUCUUUAAUGUGUCUCAUAACCAUCUGGCAGGGCAAAUACCAAGAGGAAACCAAUUCAAUACAUUUCAGAACAAUUCAUUUGAUGGAAAUCCAGGACUCUGUGGGGUGCCAUUGUCGAAGAAAUGUGGAAAUCUCAACGCCUUGACUGCUCUGGCUCCGGCUCCAGCUCAUGAACCAUUAAGACUUGACUGGAAAUUUGUUGCGAUUGGGUAUGGAAGUGGAUUUGUCGUUGGAGUGGUUAUGGGACACAUCGUAACCAAAAGAAAACAUGAUUGGUUCAUGAAGUCUUUUUGGAUUAGGCAACAACGAAGGCAACGACGCACAUGGAGGAGACGCGGUAACUGA